AUGCCUUAUCAGAGUUGGUUUGAGUUUUACGCCGGAAAAUGUCAUUUAAGAAGAAACUGUAAGUAUAGUUGUUCAAGAAUGUUGUAAACAAAACAUUUGCCCUUUUCAGCAUAUGAGUGGUUGUGGUCAUUUCUGUUCAGACUGUGCAUGGACCCGCGAGCGUGCUCAAUCAUCACUUUUAUAGGUGGACAUGCUUGCCGCCACAUGCCUAGUCACCAGUUUUUAGGUGAUGGGUUGAAGUUCCGAAUUAUCAAUGUUCAAACGCUGGCUCUUCUCUAUUACUUUCCAAACGACACAUUUGUGUUCACAGACCAGGUUGACAACGCUUUGAAUAAUUUAUUUUUGUCAAAUUUUAUUCAGGAAAUUGUGCACUUGUUCAGAAGGGCACUGGCACGUAAUCAAGCGAUCUGCAACUGCUGGGCGACGAGUGAAGUACAAACCACAAGGGUGAUAAACAGCAGAAAUUUUAGAUAACGAUGUUUACGACUUCACUUCAUUGCGAGAGAACGAAAUGAGCGUUUAUUCUGGAAUGAACAUGGAACAACUGCUCGACUAUGCGUACUGUGUUGCACCUCCGAGGGAAAUGACGAGAACUGAAAAGGGUAACUCCUCGUCGGAAUGA